CUGAGUGGCUGCCUGAGCUGACUGCCUGCCUCCCUGCCUUGCUCCCUGCCUGCAUGGCUGCCUCCCCUCCCUCGCCCGUACGCUCUCGCUGGCAGUUGCUCCCAAAAGUGGCACAGAGAUCUCCAGCUCUGAAACAGUAGCGGGACUAAGUAAAUGAGAGCUGCUCACUAUAUUUACUGUGCUGCAUCCAUGACUUUACACACCUGGCUGGUGUAUGGGCUUGGAUUUAUCUUGGCGCUCUGCUUGACACAAGUGGAGGGUCUGCAGUGCUAUGGCUGCAACAUCAUCCAGGGCCAGCGCUACGUGGACGUGGGCUGCUCCAACCCGGAGGUGCUCACCUGCACCCACUCACACAAGGGCUUCAAGCACCGCUUCUGUAUCAAGACAGAGAGCACUGCACUGGGUAUCGUCCUGACCAGCGGCUGUGCCACAUCCAGACACUGCCAGCAACAAGAGCUGCCCGGCGUCCGCAUCCACUGCUGUGACUCGGACCUGUGCAACAGCGCCUCCUCGCGGAAACCCCACACACUACUACAGUGCGCCUGCACUCUGGGCAGCCUCCUGAUACUGAGGAUGUGGUUGUGAUGGGAAGGAGACAAAAACUCACUCAGUGUAUUUGAAAAAAAAACUGUCACAUCCUCACUCACUUGGCAUUACAUCUCAAAGGCUGAAUGGAUUUUAAUGAAGUAUGGUACUUUUGUAUUUACUGUGUGAAUCCCGUGAGAAAAGCUUUCACUACUACAAAAAAUGUCCAUACAACCGACAAGACAGGUUGCACAUGUGCCAAUGAUGGCACAUUGGUGUGCAAAUCUGGAUAAAGGUGCAGAUUAUUGACUUUAAUUUCAGUUUUUGUCAAUAUGAGUCAGUAUCUUUUAGAUGGAACACUCCUAGAAUAAAAAUAAUACAGUCGUGCUGCAUUCCAGAAAACUGGGAAAUCAGAAAUGAGCAACUCUCAGAUGGAAAAAAAAGCUUCAAAGUCAAAGGUAUUACUCACGUAACUAUUUCACCAAGAUGCAGUAAUAAGAGGUCACACAACCAUGCUGUCGCACACAAAAACUACCGUACAUAAAUUUCCCGGUAAUAUCCCCGGUAGUGUAGUGGUACACUCACUUUCGUGGCAGAGAGCAUGUGUCAGUUCCCCGUUAGGGACGCAUGAGGAAGGCUAUCAGGUGUAAAACGCCAAAACCAUUCAUGCAUUUAUUGGUUAUUCUUGAUAUUUUCUGAUAAAAUUUCUGUAAAUAGGUAAAAAAAAAAAUUGGUUUGUUGUCAAGACUGUACAAACAGACGUUUUGUUUACGUUUGAACACAAUACUGUACUUUUAAAACACGUGAGUGAGAAAUCUUGAAUUUCCCAACUGUCUUGAAUGCAGCACAAGUCAUCCUCCAUCAACCAGGAAGUACUGUGACCUGCUAGUUAAGAGAUAAACAUAUUACAGGUGGUCCUCGGGUUACAAACUAAUUUGGUUCCUAGCCUGUGAUGUAAGUUGAGUUUUGGUGCAAGUCUGUUCGCAUACCUAAAUUAUACUUAAAUGAACACUCACACUGUACACAGAACACAUUAAAGAUAUGUAAAAUACAUUAAUAAAACGAUUAAAUACAGUGAUUAAAUGAAGCAGUACCUUUAUCCCUGUGGCUUAUUUGGAGGAGGAAGUACAAAUAAAAGAAUGUUUAAGCCUUCUCCUGAAUCAACAUAAGGCUCACUGGGAUACCUGUAUUGAUUCUGGUCUUCCAGCCAAUAAGACCACUCCGCUGCUUAGUUAUUACUGUCGCUUUCAUAGUAGCAGAUUCUUUAACAUGCUCAAGGAUGCGAUCUUUAUUCUUAACAAUGGUCGCGACAGUCGACCGGUUAAGACCAAAAGUGCGGCCAAUAUUGGUGGGUGUCUCUACUCUCUCAAGAGCUUUUUAUAAUGCUCAUUUUCACUUCCAGGGUGAUGGCUUUUCUUUGCGGAACACAGAAGGGAGUACCCCAAGGACCGCCUGUAUUAGCAUGCUAUGAUUUGCCAUGAUGCAUUACCAAAUAUUAGUUAGACCAGACUCUUUCUGUCUUUGGCUUCUCUCAGCAUUCACACUUUCUCUCUCUCAAUCUGUUUCAAGGGCGUAGACAUUUGACCGUUUAAAAAGCUCUGCAAUGACACAACCUUUCAGCAACGACACGGACUAGUUUUAUAAAGGUUUCAAUGCACUUAUACUGUAUGCUCAUUUUCCACACAAAGAAAGUCACCAUGUGAGAUAUGUUCUUCUAUUAAGGUCACUCAUUUACUCUUUUUUGUGGGGGGGUCAAAUGAUAUAUUUAUAUAUUUUUUUAGUUUGCUGCUCAGAGCACAUUGCAUGCGGUUAUACAUUAUGAUUGUAAGAAAAAUAAUGUACAGUGAAUGCAUGUCAUGUGGUCAGUUAUUGUAUUAAUAAAUAAAAGGAUCAAUAUU